AAGAGUAGAUAAUUGGUUAGGGUCUAACCGCCCUAUAGUAGCUACUCUUGUUAUUAUUAAUACCACUAUUCUUAAUUACAUGUAGGUUAAAAGUCUUCAAGGUCUAUCCAGGUUCCCUGCUAUUGGUUCGUUAGUAUUAAACAAUAACAAUAUUGAUUGGAAUGAGUUGAAGAGACUGUCCCAUAUGUACAUACUCUCACUGUCUCUGACUGGAAACAACAAACUGACCAAUGACAAUAACUACAGGUCUCAUGUCAUUGAUAUAAUACCUCAUCUCUGGAUGCUUGAUGGACAACUAGUCACUGCUGGAGAGAGAAAACGUGUUCAAAAUUUCUUUGCAACUUCAUCAACUAGUGGCACCCAUCCAGUGUGGCGGAAGGUUAGCAGUCAGUCAGUUUUUGUUCCAUCAAAUUUACAGAAUUUACUAGUCACAGGAAUAUAUGGAGAGAGGACAACUCAACUGAUGGCAAAGUUCCCAAUGAAAUACAGUCACAAUAUUGAACUGGACAAGAAGAGACUGAUGUACUUGGCAUUCCUAAUGGAGGAAGAAAUGAAAAUUGAAAAUGAGUACAGAGAAAUGAAAGGUGAGAGUAGUUAUGAAGUUCCUCCAUUGCAGCAACUGAUGGAGCAAAGGAAGACAGAGACUGAACAAUGCAACAUGUUACUGCUACUGCUAGUGGUGAGGGAUAGU